AUGGAUCUCUCCAAUACUUUGAUUCGCAGCGUGGUGCGCGCCUUCUACGAAACCAGGCACAUUCUGGUCGUAGAUGCGCUCUUCCUGCACUCGGUACUUCAUGCCGAGGACCUUGCUUUCUUGAUGGGCAUGCAACAGAAGGAUCUGCGAAAGCUAUGCGCUCGUCUGCGCGAAGACCGGUUGAUCGCCGUGAGCACGCGCGCCGAGAUCCGUGAUGGGUCGACUCGCCCCGUCAACCGCGAAUACUACUACAUCCCCCUGCACCCUGUCGUCGACGCGAUCAAGUACAAGGUCUCACAACUGACCUCGACCAUCAAGCUACAAUACACGCCCAGCGAAGAACGAAAGGAAUACAUAUGUCUCCGAUGCAACGCCGAAUGGACCGAACUAGAUGUCCUCAGCCUAGUCUCCGACGAAGGCAACUUCGAAUGCCAAAACUGCGGCGCAGUCCUGGAACGCACAGAAGACGUCAAAGGCGUCGAAGGCAUCGACCGAACAGGCCAUGAGAAGAACAGCAAACUAAUGGCCCAACUCGACAACAUGCUCAAACUGCUCAAACAAAUCGACCAGGUCGAAAUCCCACCCAACGACUUCGACACAGCCUGGGACCACAAAGUCGAAGUCAUCCGCAAUAACCAAACAAAUCCCAUCCGACCCGCAAUCCCCGUCCCGCCCAAAGCCCAAGACGCAACCCGCACAACUGCCAAAACAGACAGCGCAGCGCUGGAAAUCAGCCUCACCUCUAGCGCAGAGAAAUCCGCCGCCGACCAGGAAGAAGAAGCCCGCCGCAAAGCAGCCGUCGAGAAACAAAACGCCCUACCAGUUUGGCACACGCACUCAACCGUCAACGCGAACAAUGCCGCAGGUGGAACCGCAACAGUCAAGAACGAAGCCGGAGUCCCGAUCAAAACGGACGAUAUCGACGAAGACCAAAAGCCCUCCCUGGACGAACUGGACGACAAAGUCGCAGCAUACUACGCUGAAAUGGAACGCGAAAAGGCCCUCCAGGCCCAAGAAGACGCCAGUAGCGCCGAAGAAGACUCGGAUGACUUUGACGAAUUCGAGGACGUUAACGUCUCCGUUUCGGGCCAAAGUGGUCCCGCUACCCCAGCCCCCGGGACAGCACCUACCAGUGUCCCGACCCCUUCGUCUGGUAUUGCGGGUGUCAAGCGUGAGCAUGAUACCGGAUCCAGUGCAGCUCCAUCUUCCGUGGGCACUCCCUCUACCCCGGCUGACGAUGGGCCCGCGAUGAAGAGGGUUAAGACUGAGCCGGGCAUCAAGCCUGAUCCGGAGCUUAAGCAGGAAGCCGAUAUCAAGGACGUCAAGAAGGAAGAGGAGUCCGAUGAGGAUGACGAGGAGGAGUUUGAAGAUGUCUAA